GUGAUAAGUCAACUGAACCAUCAUUAUCAUGAGGAAGAGGGAAAAUAAACAAACACCUCGUAUAGGUUAUCAACCAGCUGGCACGGUGCUAUAAAAUCUAGACAAUUUGUGGGAAAAUCAAUCAGUUGCAAGCUAGAACGGAACCUAUCAACUGAAGACUCUCAGGAUGAAGUUGUUCAUCGCCCUGUGUGGAAUCCUUACAAUCGUUGCAGCCGAUUGGAGCCCCCCAACCCAGGAAGAAUUCUCAAAAUAUCGGGAGGAAUGCAUGAAGGAAGGGAAACUUUCGGAAGACGAUGCUAAAAAAAUUAGCAAACGCGACUACCCUGGAAGCAAACAGGUCAACUGCUUUAUACGCUGUGUGGGUUUGAAGGCUGGGACAUGGGACGAUGGUACAGGAUAUGACUUGGACCGGGUCUAUGAAACCUUCAAUGCCAAUAAUUGGGAAGUGAGCAAGAAAGAAUUGAAGGAAUGCCUCUCUCAUCUCGGGGAUGCUGACGCCUGUACCCAAGCUGCAACCAUUACGAAGUGUUUUUUGGACCGUGCUAAGAAAAAGAUUUAACUUUACCAGUUCGUACCCCGUACCUUCGUUGCCGAAGAUGGUGAAAAUAAAAUUAGUGAAUUAUAAUUCGACCCCCCUUGAUUCCGGAUGAGGAGAGAUCGUGCUAAAACUCAAAGAUGAAAAUUAAACAAGUUGGAAACCGGAAACUCGGCAUAGUACGAUUUCCACUAAAAUGUUCAGUAGUGCUCCAUACUAAAGUCUGUAUUAAUACAAUUUCACGGGUCUACCAUGAGCUUAAGGGGGGUUCACAGUAAAUUUUAAAAAUAUAUUAUUAUACUAUUAGA